AUGGCAACAGCAAUUACCAUUAUUCUGAUUACAUUAAUUCUUCCUGCAAUAAUAAAUUACCAAUUAAACGAAAACGGAAAUGGACGUCGCUGGACCAUAAAAACAAGUUUUUGGUUUUUAUUUUCUUGUUUUACUAAUAAAGGGUCUGACAUAAGCUACGUAAAUCGACUAUUUGCGAGAAUUGCUGUUGGAACUUGUAUAGUAACAAUUCUAAUAUUAACAUUCAGUUAUAGUGGAACAUUAACUUCUCACUUAACUGCUCAUACUUUAGAGCCUGUGCCUAAAACAUUUGUUGAAUUACUUGAUUAUGUAAAGAAAGGAAAGAUUGCUUGUGGUACGCAUGAUUCAUCUUAUGUCAAUAAAAUAAUAAUGAAAUCUGAUAAAGGAUUUCUUAAAGAUAUAAGAGAUCAUAUCGUAUCAAACAACAAUUUUUAUGGUAUGACAAACAUGAUGCCACGUGCAAAAAAAGGUAGAAUUGGACUUAUUUCUUAUGAUAUGGCUAUAAAAAUAUGGACAAGUAAUGAUGAAGAAAAAUGGUUUAUAUCUGACGACGCACUCAAAUCUUUGCCUUAUGCAUUUCCUAUGAGAAAGGGAUUUCCAUUAAAAAACAAAUUUGAUUCUAUUAUUUCUAGAUUUAUCGAAACCGGUGUAACAAGUAAAACUGUUGAAGACAUACGGUACAAAAACCAGAAAACGGUAAGAAAAUUUGAAGCAUUGGAUUUAACAAACUUUUUGGGAGCCUUCUCUCUUCUUCUAGCUGGAUAUUCGUUAGCAAUUAUCUGCUUUAUUUUAGAAUUGUUUAUAGGAAAGCAGUUUAGAAACUGUUAUUGA